AUGCCUUCAUCAAAGCACUUCGACACCCAGCUUGCCAUCCGCAGCAUCUGGAUCAUGGCCGUACUGUUCGCCGGCCAGGCGAUUGCUGCACCCGUUCCUCUACCGGGCGCGAUCGAUUCCGUUGAUGACAGCCCGAGCGGAGGAUGUGAGGACGAGGCAGUCGUCGAACGCAGCUCCGAGGAGCCAUUCUCCAAAGACAGCCCGGCCCUCAUCCCUCGCAAUGGGCCUCACCACUCCUGCACCACAAACAGCCCGAACGGAGGCUGCAAGGAUGAGGCAAUCCUCGAACGCAGCUCGUCCAUCAUUCCUCGCAAUAAGCCUGGGCACUCUUGCGUCACAAACAGCCCGAACGGAGGCUGCGAGGAUGAGGCAGUCCUUGCACGCAGCGUCGACGCAGAGCCACUCGUCGAAGAAAGCGCGGCCAUCGUCGCUCGUGCUGCCCCUGGAAACUCGUGUCUCUACAACCAGAUCCGACUUCACCGAUCCGGCUUUCGGCUUUCGUCCAAAAGCGGUAGAGUCAGAACAAAGGCAUCACAAAAGGUCCAGUCCAUGGCAUUGUCGCCUUACAAGAAGCAUGGCGAGGCCAUGUUUCCGGCGUCCUCGCUCUUCCAACUUUUCGACCACGACGCACUGCCACACACUGCCACACACUGCCGCGCAGAACUCCUCCCAAAAAUGUCUCGACGCACGACCCACCAUGCACCAAUCAGAGCCACAAUCAGAGCUCAUACACCUGCCUACGGCCCUCCCCCACCAGAACCCCUAAACGACCAAGGCGAGCGCGCCUUCUUCUCCCCAGAACAUAACGCCUGGCUCGACAACCUCUACGGCUGGCCCGCCGGUUCCGCCUUGGGGAUCUAUCAAGCCAACGCCGCCUUACGCGAAGAUGCACGCCGUCUCAUCGAUGCAGCGAAUAUGCGCAGUCCGCCGCAAUACGACGCAGUCGUAACUCCAACCCAUGCCGGUGAUGGCAGUUCUGAGCUGGAUGGCAACGAUCCAAGUCCACCGCCAAACUAUACCCGGUUUGAAGUCGCUGAGAGGAGAGUCAACUCCGCUCCACGUAAUCGCGAGAAUUUGCCGUUCUAUCGCCCCGACGCACCGCGCGGGACGAGGAUGUAUCAUCCUAUGUGUGAAGGCGCGGUCGUGAGCAAUGGACCGGGAGUAGCGCCGAGGUGUCAACCACUGCGCGAACUUCCUGGGGAGAUACGGUAUCGUCGAAACGCCCGGUCGAAUGGAACGCAGAUUCCAGAUGAUGUGCCCACGGGUUGGAGACUUCCAACUGGUUGGAGAGCGCACGCUGCGGCGGUGAAUCUCGAGAUUGAACGCGAGAGAGAGCGUCGUUCCGGCGUUGGAGUGAAUUGGCUGGAGCAGCUGGGCAAUCCAGUAUACAACCCGGGCAAUCCAGUGUACAACCCGGAUCAGCUGGGCAAUCCAGUAUACAAUCCUGAAGAUCAAGCAUUUCUCAGAGAAGAGCAGACUCGCUGGGAAGCCCGCCAGGCACGCCGUCAGGAAAUUGUUGCGCAGGAAAUGGCGAGACAUGGCAUAGCAGAGCUGCCGCAGGAGGACGGUGCGGAACCAACGUCCGGAACGCCUAUUACCGCCUCCAUGGCAGACGUCUUGCGCCGCCAAGCAAGGCAUCUGGAAUAUUAUGACCCCGUCACCCACCUCCCCCGUGUGUCGGAGUAUGAACGCUUGACUGGCAUCGCUCCGUUCGGGCGUGGGAAUGUUCAACCGUCCCAGAAUAAUAUCUUCGGCAACCCUCCGCCAGCAACGCCGCAAAGUGCCUUCGCGGGAGCUUCAAACCAAGGAACUCCUCGAGGGGGAUUGUUCGGUCGAUCGCCGAGCGUUGGUCAAAGCGGACGUCGAGUCACGUUCGCUGAGAACAUUGCGGAGGAGCCGCAAACUAUUGCGCAAUCCUCCUGCGACGGCGACGGCGACUUCGAAUCACUUUGUUUCGGAUCACGAGGAGGUCCCUUCGUCUUCGAGGAAGGGGAGGUUCUCGUGGUCGGGCGAGUGGUCGGGGUCGUGGGCGCUGAGGUCGUGAGGAUCGGCUAG